AUGCGCAUCUGCGGCCGCGUCCAUCCCGCAUCGCUGCACACACCCGUCACAUCUAUGAUCGGCCUCGCUUCGUCUUCAAUUGGUGGCACGUAUACGUCCUUGAAUGCUCGUCGCCUUACCCUUUCUUUCUUCGGUUACCAGCCCAUGUCUGCCUGUGUGGUUAUUCUCGGCAGAAUACCUAUCGCGAUCCUUGCAGUGCUCAUACUGCUCCUUCUGGUUGGCCUCGAUGCCGUCAUCCGCUCUACUCUGCCGUGUCGCGACUCUACCUUCUCCCUGCCGAGAGCAACUCAGACCCACGUCGUCAAUUCUCCUGUGUUGUGUGUUGUGUACCCCGACUAUCAUCAUUGUGUACCUCCUGGCCGCAAGCCAUUUGCCGGUGACCAGGAAGGAAAGCUAAAAACUCUCUUGACCUUCACAUUACAGUAUGUCAGUGUCAUUGACACAGAAUUUCAGUUUGCAGUGUUCCUUUUGACUGGGCUACCUGGACAGGAACACGUCCAUCUCUGGAUCUCUAUCCUCUUCUGCUUCCUGUAUGGUAUUUCAAUGGUAGGAAAUUCAGUCAUUCUGUUCAUUAUAAAAACAGAUCCAAGCCUCCAUGAGCCCAUGUAUAUUUUACUUUCCAUGUUGGCUGUCACAGAGCUUAGCAUAGCGACAGCCACCAUGCCAACAAUACUGGGCAUAUACUUGUUUAACUCUAGGGAGAUCAGCCUUGAUGCCUGUUUUGCCCAGCUGUUCUUCAUCCACUCGCUUCAAUGCAUUGAAUCUGCUGUGCUCUUGCUGAUGGCCUUUGACCGCUUCAUUGCAAUUUGUAACCCACUGAGAUAUGCUUCCAUCUUAACCCUGCCGAAAAUACCCAAGAUGGCAAUGGUGUUUUUGCUAAGAGGGAUUGCCGUAGUGUUCCCACUCCCCUUGUUCCUGAAACAGUUCCAAUACUGUCGAGCCAAUGUCCUUUCCCAUUCCUAUUGCCUCUUCCAGGAGGUCAUGAACAUGGCUUGUUCAGAUAUCAGUGUCAACAGCAUCUAUGGAUUGUUUACUAAACUCCUAACGAUGGGGUUGGACUCGCUGCUCAUCUUCCUCUCUUACAUAAUGAUCCUGAAAACAGUGCUCAUUGUUGCAUCUUCUAAGGAGUGCCUCAGGGCCUUGAACACCUGUAUCUCCCACCUCUGCGCCGUCCUGCUCUUCUAUAUACCAGAGCUUGGUCUGUCUAUGAUACACAGAUUUGGGAAGGGCUCUUCUCCCUUUCUUCAGAUUCUCCUGGGAUACAUUUCCUUGCUGGUCCCGCCCCUGAUUAACCCAAUCGUGUACAGCUUGAAAAGCAAACAUCUUCGUGCAAGAAUAUUCAGGAUAUUCAUUAAUUGA